UGUCGGGGCCCAUGCACAGAUAUUUAAAUCAUCCUUCGUGACAGGUGAUGGACAGGUGACGGAUUGCAGGACAGCCAAUGUUGCUCCGCUGUUCAAGACAGGCUCUAAAAAUAAACUAGGAAUUUAUACAUUGGUGAGCCCGACAUUAGUAGUGGGAAAGUUAUUGGAAUGUGUGUGCAGGAGACGGAUAUACAAGUAUUUGGAUCGAUGUGGACUGAUUAAGGAUAGGCAGUAGGUCAUGUCUAACCAAUCUUAUAGAGUCUCUCGAGGAAGUUAUCAGGAAAGUGGAUGAAGGCAAGGCAGUGGAUGUUGUCUACAUGGACUUUAGCAAGGCACUUGACAAAGUCUCAUAUGGGAGGUUGGUCAAGAAGGUUCAGUCACUCAACAUUCAAGAUGAGAUAGUAAAUUGGGUGAGUCACUGUCUUUGGGAGAAGCCAGAGUGUGGUAGCAGAUGGUUGCCUCUCUGACCGGAGGCCUGUGACUAGUGGUGUGCCACAGGGAUCAGUGCUGGAUCUGUUACUGUUUGUAAUCUAUAUCAGUAAUCUGGAUGAUAGUGUGGUUAACUGGAUCAGCAAAUUUGUGGAUGACACCAAGACUGGGGGUGUAGUGGACAGCGAGGAAGACUAUCAUGGUUUGCAGUGCGACCUGGACCAGAUGGAAAAAUGGGUGAAGAAAUGCAAAAUGGAAUUUAAUGGAGACAAGUGCGAGGUGUUGCAUUUUGGUAGGACCUGGGUCUUACACAGUGAAUGGUCGGGCACUGAGGAGUGCUGCAGAAGAAAGGGAUCUGGGAAUACAUGUCCAUAAUUCACUGAAAGUGGUGUCACAGUUAAAUAGGGACGGAAAGAAAGAUUUUGGCAUAUUGGCCUUCAUGAACCAAAGUACUGAGUACAGGAGAUGGAUGUUAUGUUCACGCUGCACGAGACAUUGGUGAGGCCUAAUUUGGAGUAUUGUGUGCAGUUUUGGUCACCAACCUACAGGAAAGAUGUAAAAGGGGUUGAAAGAGUUCAGAGAAAAUUCACAAGGAUGUUGCCAGGUCUGGAGGACUUGGGUUAUAAGGAAAGAGUGGACAGGUCAGGACUUUAUUCCUUGGAACGUAGAAGAUUGAGUGGAGAUUUGAUGGAGGUAUACGACAAUUACGAAGGUUAUAGAUACGGUAAAUGCAAGCUGGCUUUUACCACUGAGAUGGUGGGUCUACAACUAGAGGCCAUGGGUUAAGGGUGAAAGGUGAAACGUUAAGGGGAACAUGAGGGGAAACUUCUGCACACAGACCGUCAUCCGGGUGUGGAAUGAGCAGCCAGCACAAGUGGUGAAUGUGAGCUCAAUUUCAACAUUUAAGAGGUCUGCAUUGGUACCUGGAUGGUAGUGGUAUGGGAUUGGGCAGUUUAAGUAGUUCAGCACAAACUAGAUGGCCCAAAGGGCUUGUUUCUGUGUUGUAAUUUUCUAUGACUGUGACAAGAACCUGAAAUAAUACAAAAAUUCACUCUAAGUCCUUUUAACAGCUGUGUGGACCAACCAUUCAUCUCAGCAGGAAUUUUUCAUAUGCCGUUAAAACUGUGGCACCUUAAGUUAAUACAAGAAAAUCCCAGUUGCACUCUCGACUAUUUGCGCGAGAGUGUUUCAGUUACUGUGGGGCCAGGCACCCAUGUGGCUCAGCAGGAACAGGGAAUAACACCAAUGGAGAGAGUCAAACUGAGCCAAGGAACAAACUGGAGAUGGCAGAAGUGCCCCAUUCUUAUAGAGACAGGAAGAGCAUCAGGGAAUUGAUGGUCAUUCCAGAUACCAGCACUGUGCCCAGUCAGGAGAUGAUUUCUCUGUCCAACUUGGGUUGAACCUCACUGUAACAGUGUGAUACCAGAACAAACCUUGGCAACUCAAGUAAUCUCAUCUGAAAUGUUGUCGUACAUCCAUUGAUGGAUUUUGUAAAUCUUUUUACAGGUUAAAACGAGAAGUAAUUUGUCUCCAGGAAUCUCAAACACCAGUUUUGCUGUCUCUGUCUAGACAUUUAAGAAGUGGAGCAAGGGAUUCAAUCGACCAUCCUUCCUGCUCAGACAGUGGGGAGGGAUUCACUCGAUCAUCUGACAGACUGGCACUGUCGUCAUUUUAUACAGGAGAAAGGCCGUUCACCUGCUCAAACAGUGGGAAUCGAUUCAUUCGGUCAUCUCAAUUGAACGUACAUCAGCAAGUUCACACUGGGCAAGGCCUUUCACCUGUUCUGUGUGUGAGAAAGGAUUCAGUCAGUGGUCUCACCUGUGGACACACCAGUCAGUUCACACCGGGCAGAUGCUGGUCAUCUGCUGAAUUUCUGGGAAAGGAUUCACUCAGUCGUCUGACCUAAUGGCUCACCAGCGUGUUUACACCAGGGAGUGGACGUUCACCUGCUCAGACUGUGGGAAGGAAUUCACUCACUCUUCCACCCUACUGGUACAUCAGCGAGUUCACACUGGGGAGAAGCCGUUCACCUGCUCAGUAUGUGGGAAUAGAUUCACUCGGUCAUCCCACCUACAAAGUCAUCAGCGAGUUCACACUGGGGAGAAGCCGUUCACCUGCUCAGUCUGUGGGAAGAGAUUCACUCAGUCUUCCACCCUACUGGUACAUCAGCGAGUUCACACUGGGGAGAAGCCGUUCACCUGCUUAAUCUGUCAGAAGAGAUUCAGUCGGUCAUCCCACCUACAAUGUCAUCAGCGAGUUCACACUGGGGAGAAGCCGUUCACCUGCUCAGAAUGUGGGAAGAGAUUCUCUGAAUCAUCCCACCUACGGAGUCAUCAGCGAGUUCACACUGGGGAGAAGCCGUUCACCUGCACAGAAUGUGGGAAGAGAUUUACUCAGUUAUCCAACCUACAGAGUCAUCAGCGAGUUCACACUGGGGAGAAGCCGUUCACCUGCUCAGUCUGUGGGAAGGGAUUCACUCGGUCAUGCGACCGACAGAGUCAUCAACGAGUUCACACUGGGGAGAAGCCGUUUCCCUGCUCAGUAUGUGGGAAUAGAUUCACUCGGUCAUCCGACCUACAGAUUCAUCAGCGAGUUCACACUGGGGAGAAGCCAUUCACCUGCUCAGUCUGUGGGAGGGGAUUCACUCAAUCAUCCAACCUACAGAGUCAUCAGCGACUUCAUACUGGAGAGAAGCCGUUCACCUGCUCAGUCUGUGAGAAGAGAUUCACUCACUCUUCUGCCCUUAUGGUACAUCAGCGAGUUCACACUGGGGAGAAGCCAUUCAGCUGCUCAGAAUGUGGGAAGAGAUUCACUCGAUCAUCCACCCUACAGAGACAUCAGCGAGUUCACACUGGGGAGAAGCCAUUCACCUGCAAAGAAUGUGGGAAAGGGUUCACUCAUUCAUCCCACCUACUGGCACACCAGUCAGUUCACAAUGGGGAACUGGCGUGCCCGUCAUUUUACGCAAGGGCCUACACAUUCACCUGCUCAGAUAGUGGGAAUGGAUUCAGUCGGUCAUUUCAACUGAAGAUAUAUCAGCAGGUUCACACAGGACAAGGCCAUUCAUUUGUCCUGUGUGGGGAAGGAUUCACUCGGUCAUCCGACCUAAUGGCUCACCAGCAAGUUCACACUAGGGAGAGGCCGUUCACCUGCUCAGACUGUGGGAAGGGAUUUACUAAAUCAUCUCACCUAUUGAGACACCAGUCAGUACACACUGGGGAGAGGCCAUUCACCUGCUCCGACUGUGGGAAGGGAUUCGCUUUGUCAUCCCAACUGAAGGUUCAUCAGCGAGUUCACACUGGACAGAGGCCAUUCACCUGCUCAGAUUGUGGGAAGGGAUUCACUUCGUCAUUUCUCCUACUCAGACACCAGCGAGUUCACACUGGGGAGAGGCCGUUCGCCUGCUCAGUGUGUGGAAAGGGAUUCACUCGAUCAUCCCACCUACAAGCACACUCGUCUGUUCACACAAGGGAGUGGCCAUUCACCUGCUCUGACUGUGGGAAGGGGUUCAUUUGCUCAUCCCACCUGAAGGUUCAUCAGCGAGUUCACACUGGUGAGUGGCCGUUCACCUGCUCAGACUGUGGGAAGGGAUUCACUUUGUCAUCCCAAUUGAAGGUACAUCAGCGAGUUCACACUGGGGAGAGGCCGUUCACCUGCUCUGACUGUGGGAAGGGAUUCACUCGGUCAUCUCAUCUACAGAGACACCAGCGAGUUCACACUGGGGAGAGGCCAUUCACCUGCACAGUGUGUGGGAAGCGAUUCACUCGGUCAUCCCACCUACAAGCACACUGGUCUGUUCACACUGGGGAGAGGCCGUUCACCUGCUCAGUGUGUGGGAAUAGAUUCACUUGCUCAUCCCACCUGAAGGUACAUCAGCGAGUUCACACCGGGGAGAGGCCGUUUAUCUGCUCAGACUGUGGGAAGGGAUUCACUUGCUCAUCCCAACUGAAGGUGCAUCAGCUAGUUCAUACUGGAGAGAGGCCAUUCACCUGCUCAGACUGUGGGAAGGGAUUCACUUACUCAUCCCAACUGAAGGUACAUCAGCGAGUUCACAGUGGGGAGAGGCCGUUCACUUGCUCAGUGUGUGGGAAGGGAUUCACUCGAUCAUCCCACCUGCAAGUACACUGGUCUGUUCACACUGGGGAGAGACCGUUCACCUGCUCAGACUGUGGGAAAGGAUUUACUCAGUCAGGUGAACUGAAGGUACAUCAGCGAGUUCACACUGGGGAGCGGCCGUUCACCUGCUCAGACUGUGGGAAGGGAUUCACUUCGUCAUCUCAACUGAAGGUACAUCAGCGAGUUCACACUGGAGAGAGGCCAUUCACCUGCUCAGACUGUGGAAAAGGAUUCAUUUGCUCAUCCAAACUGAUGGUACAUCAGCGAGUUCACACUGGGGAGAGGCCAUUCACCUGCUCAGUGUGUGGGAAGGGAUUCACUUGCUCAUCCCAACUGAUGGUACAUCAGCGAGUUCACACUGGGGAGAGGCCGUUCACCUGCUCAAACUGCGGUAAGGGAUUCAGUCAGUCAUCUGAACUGAAGGUACACCAGCGAGUUCACACUGGGGAACGGCCGUUCACCUGCUCAAACUGCGGGAAGGGAUUCAGUCAGUCAUCUGAACUGAAGGUACACCAGCGAGUACAUACUAGGGAGCGGCCAUUCACCUGCUCAGACUGUGGAAAAGGAUUCACUUGCUCAUCCCAACUGAAGGCACAUAGGCGAGUUCACACUGGGGUGAGGCCGUUCACCUGCUUGCACUGUGGGAAGGGAUUUACUUCCUCAUCCCAACUGAAGGUACAUCAGCGAGUUCACUCUGGGGAGAGGCCGUUCAUCUGCUCAGAUUGUGGGAAGGGAUUCACUCAGUCAUCCGCCCUAAUGGCACACCAACGAGUUCACAGUGGGGAGCGGCCGUACACCUGCUCUGUCUGUGGGAAAGGAUUCACUCUGUCAUGCACCCUACAGAGACAUGAGCAAGUUCACAGUGGGGAGCGGCCGUUCACCUGCUCAGAUUGUGGGAAAGGAUUUACUCAGGCAUCCGAACUACAGGCACACCGGUCAGUUCAUACUGGGGAGUGGCCGUUCACCUGCUCAGUCUGUGGGAAAGGAUUCACUUGGUCAACUGAACUACAGGCACACCAGUCAGUUCAUACUGGGGAGAGGCCGUUCACCUGCUCAGUCUGUGGGAAGGGAUUCACUAAGUCAUAUCAACUGAAGGUACAUCAGCACGUUCACACUGGAGAGAGGCCGUUCACCUGCUCAGACUGUGGGAAGGGAUUCAGUUCAUCCUCUCAACUACUGACGCACCAGCGAGUUCACACUGGAGAUAGGCCAUUCACCUGCCCAGACUGUGGGAAGGGAUUCACUCGGUCAUCUCAUCUACAGAGACACCAGCGUGUUCACACAGGGGAGAGGCCAUUCACCUGCUCAGUGUGUGGGAAGGGAUUCACUCGGUCAUCGAACCUACAGAAACACCAGCGAGUUCACACUGGGUAGAGGCCAAUCAACUGCUCAGACUUCGGGAGGAGAUUCUCUGAGCCAUCUCCACCGAAUGUGCAUCAUUGGGUUCACACUGGGGAGAGGCCGUUCAACAGCUGUGAAUGUGGGAAGCGACUCACUCAGUAUUCUAACCUUAUGUAACUCUCGCUUUAGCUGGCAGCUUAAUAUAGGGGGUGAUAGCCCCCCAGCCCGGCCAAUCUUAAGAAAUCUUGUUUGGGUGGAUGCUGCUUGAUGUGUUCCCUGUUACAAAUCAGUACCCUGAAAAAACAAAUGGUACAUAAUAUGCGAUUAAACGUAUGGGCUUUAUAGUUUCUUACUUUGACUAUAGAACGAGUAAAAAAAAUAAUGAAGAAGAAAGGCCCAAUCUCUCCAUUCAUGUCUUCUCAUCGCUCCCCGGCAAAAGACUGCAAAAAUCUCUCUUCCAGACUCCCAAGAAAGAACAACAUUUCUCCCAUUGGAUAGCCCUGCAUUCCAAAACCCUGUUCUCUCUAGUCGUAACCUAAACAUUGCUGCUACAGAGAAACCAUUACCUCAGCAGUGAUACAUUGCAGAGAGGCCAUUCCAUUAGCAGUGAAACCUCACAGCAUGUUAUACUUGUGACAUAGUACUGGAAUGUUUCAAUAAGCUGCAUCCUGGAUAUUUGUCCAUCACCGAUGCUGAAUGCAAUUUUGGGAGUGACUGUCAGUGCUGAACUCUGCAAUUAUUGCUGCUGCUCACCACACCCAGUCUGCACCCUGGUCACUGGGCAUGGGAGGAGUUUGUUCUGCUGCAUAUUCACCUUUAAUUGGACUGGAGUUUAACAUGGACUGGAGUGGAGAGCGGCCAGUGAAAGAGUGGAGCUUUGAGGCUUUGGCUCGAGAGGUUUUGGCAGUUUUGGCAGUUGGAUUGUGCAAUCAUGUCAAUCAAGAUUUGAAUAGCUCAGAAUGCAGCUGAUUGGGCAAUCAAGGUCAGGUGACCAAGCAAUUUGAUUGGGCAAUCGAAAAUUGAGAAGCUCAACAAACGAGUAAAAAGAGGGGUAGCUGAAGUGGAGCGGCCAGUGAGUGAGUGGGCCAGUGAAGGAGUGGAGCUUUGAGGCUUUGGCUCGAGAGGUUUCGGCGAGAAGAGGCAGAGGAUGAGCUUGCUCCCAGUAAGUCGGAACGCGUUGAACACGAUGUUUCACGGUGGGGUCGGCAUAUCGAUUAAGGGAUUGAAGAAACAGAAGCAACAUUGAAAUAACUACAAGGCCAUGGUGUAGAAACAAGAAUUAUUCACAGCAGAAUGAAAUAAGAACAGCAAAUUGGGAGAACAGAGUAUUAGUCCAGUCUGCCGGAGAGAGGAAAUGACUGAGCAUGCAGUCGGUUUCAAGGUGAAAAUGAAGAGAGGGUUAAUAUGCAGUUCACAUAAAAUGCAGAAUUAGUGAGAGAGAACGACAGCAGUGCAGAGACAAUCGAAAACCGGAGACAUUCAGUCGGAAAAUAUAAGAAUGUGGGUUUCAUUCGCCACCUGCCUGUGGCCGGUAGAGUGUGGAGGAAUGGUUCACUCUGUACCCACCUGUCUCCGGUGCAAUGUGUCAGUGUGGGGAUCAUUCUGUAGAUAUCCGUCCCUGGUACAGAAUGAGAGUGUGGGCUUCUUUAGUUCUCACUCUUUGGCUCACUGUGAGAGUGUACAUUUCAUACUGUACAUACCUGUCGCCGUUGCAGUGUGAGAGUGUGGGUUUCAUUCUGUAUCUGUCAGUCUCUGUUACAGUGUGAGAGUGUGGGUUUCAUUCUGUAUAGGUCAGUCUCUGUUACAGUGUGAGAGUGUGGGGUCAUUCUGUAUCUGUCAGUCUCUGUUACAGUGUGAGAGUGUGGGGUCAUUUUGUAUCUGUCAGUCUCUGCUACAGUGUGAGAGUGUGGGUUUCAUUCUGUAUCUGUCAGUGUCUGUUACAGUGUGAGAGUGUGGGUUUCAUUCUGUAUCUGUCAGUCUCUGUUACAGUGUGAGAGUGUGGGUUUCAUUCUGUAUCUGUCAGUCUCUGUUACAGUGUGAGAGUGUGGGUAUCAUUCUGUAUCUGUCAGUCUCUGUUACAGUGUGAGUGUGGGUUUCAUUCUGUAUCUGUCAGUCUCUUCUACAGUGUGAGAGUGUGGGUUUCAUUCUGUAUCUGUCAGUCUCUGUUACAGUAUGAGAGUGUGGGUUUCAUUCUGUGUCUGUCAGUCUCUGUUACAGUGUGAGAGUGUGGGUUUCAUUCUGUAUCUGUCAGUCUCUGUUACAGUGUGAGAGUGUGGGUUUCAUUCUGUAUCUGUCAGUCUUUGCUACAAUGUGAGAGCGUGGGUUUCAUUCUGUAUCUGUCAGUGUCUGUUACAGUGUGAGAGUGUGGGUUUCAUUCUGUAUCUGUCAGUCUCUGUUACAGUGUGAGAGUGUGGGUUUCAUUCUGUAUCUGUCAGUCUCUGUUACAGUGUGAGAGUGUGGGUUUCAUUCUGUAUCUGUCAGUCUCUGUUACAGUAUGAGAGUGUGGGUUUCAUUCUGUGUCUGUCAGUCUCUGUUACAGUGUGAGAGUGUGGGUUUCAUUCUGUAUCUGUCAGUCUCUGUUACAGUGUGAGAGUGUGGGUUUCAUUCUGUAUCUGUCAGUCUUUGCUACAAUGUGAGAGCGUGGGUUUCAUUCUGUAUCUGUCAGUGUCUGUUACAGUGUGAGAGUGUGGGUUUCAUUCUGUAUCUGUCAGUCUCUGUUACAGUGUGAGAGUGUGGGUUUCAUUCUGUAUCUGUCAGUCUCUGUUACAGUGUGAGUGUGGGUUUCAUUCUGUAUCUGUCAGUCUCUUCUACAGUGUGAGAGUGUGGGUUUCAUUCUGUAUCUGUCAGUCUCUGUUACAGUAUGAGAGUGUGGGUUUCAUUCUGUGUCUGUCAGUCUCUGUUACAGUGUGAGAGUGUGGGUUUCAUUCUGUAUCUGUCAGUCUCUGUUACAGUGUGAGAGUGUGGGUUUCAUUCUGUAUCUGUCAGUCUCUGUUACAGUGUGAGAGUGUGGGUUUCAUUCUGUAUCUGUCAGUCUCUGUUACAGUGUGAGAGUGUGGGUUUCAUUCUGUAUCUGUCAGUCUCUGUUACAGUGUGAGAGAGUGGGUUUCAUUCUGUAUCUGUCAGUCUCUGCUACAGUGUGAGAGUGUGGGUUUCAUUCUCUAUCUGUCAGUCUCUGCUACAGUGUGAGAGUGUGGGUUUCAUUCUGUAUCUGUCAGUCUCUGUUACAGUGUGAGAGAGUGGGUUUCAUUCUCUGUCAGUCUCUGUUACAGUGUGAGAGUGUGGGUUUUAUUCUGUAUCUGUCAGUCUGUUACAGUGAGAGAGUGUGGGUUUCAUUCUGUAUCUGUCAGUCUGUUACAGUGUGAGAGUGUGGGUUUCAUUCUGUAUCUGUCAGUCUCUGUUACAGUGUGAGAGUGUGGGUUUCAUUCUGUAUCUGUCAGUCUCUGUUACAGUGUGAGAGUGUGGGUUUCAUUCUGUAUCUGUCAGUCUCUGUUACAGUGUGAGAGUGUGGGUUUCAUUCUGUAUCUGUCAGUCUCUGAUACAGUGUGAGAGUGUGGGUUUCAUUCUGUAUCUGUCAGUCUCUGUUACAGUGUGAGAGUGUGGGUUUCAUUCUCUAUCUGUCAGUCUCUGCUACAGUGUGAGAGUGUGGGUUUCAUUCUGUAUCUGUCAGUCUCUGCUACAGUGUGAGAGUGUGGGUUUCAUUCUGUAUCUGUCAGUCUCUGUUACAGUGUGAGAGUGUGGGUUUCAUUCUGUAUCUGUCAGUCUGUUACAGUGUGAGAGUGUGGGUUUCAUUCUGUAUCUGUCAGUCUGUUACAGUGUGAGAGUGUGGGUUUCAUUCUGUAUCUGUCCGUCUCUGCUACAGUGUGAGAGUGUGGGUUUCAUUCUGUAUCUGUCAGUCUCUGUUACAGUGUGAGAGUGUGGGUUUCAUUCUAUAUGUGUCAGUCUCUGUUACAGUGUGAGAGUGUGGGUUUCAUUCUGUAUCUGUCAGUCUCUGCUACAAUGCGGGAGUGUGGGCUUCCUUUUAUAUUUGUCGACCUCGGCUCCACCGUUAAGUGCGUCGACUCUGUCUGUACCUCUGAGACCUGAGUCGGUAUGAGCGAGUGUAUAUUUUCUCGUCCUUUUCCGCUGUUUCUCAAACCUUGUAAAUAAUCCUAAAAUAGAUUCUGUAUUCCCUGCGCUAUUUUUAGAACAAGAGUCUCCUGCAGUCGGUUUAUGUUAUAAUUGUGAGAUGGACAGUGCACCGAUGAAUGACGACGGCUGGAUCGAGCAGGGCAUUCAGCGUCUUAGAGUCCUAUGGCAAACAGACCAUUCGGCCCGGCAUCACUCUACACGCUAUUCGUUACUCUACUACAUGGAGCCAAUUGAACAGCACGUGAUCUGUAACUUCUAGUGAUUUGAAAAAACCACCUCUUAAAUGUUGAAUGAAGAUAAUCAAAUUAAAUAAAUUCAUUAAUUAAUAUAAAUAAGUAAUUAAAUUUAUAAUUUGAUCGAAGUAAAACCAACCGAGGCAGAGCGUUUCCUGUUCCAGCAUCGUUGAUAUGAAUACAUUUCAUCUCAGCCAUUCUAAAUUGCUACAUUCACCGUGUACCUGCUCUCUUAUGUUUGCCGAUUCUGUCAUAUAUUUCUUAAUGUGUACUACACCAUGAAUCUAUUCGAGUUAUGUCCCACUCAUAAAUAAUAUAAUAUUCAU